AAUAUAAAUAAACUAAAUAUUUCUAUUCCUCGUUUUAUCUAUAUUAUGACAAGUAAACAAUGGUUUAUUACGUAACAAUUUUUGUAAUUUUCUAUGACGAAAUAAAGAUCAAAUUUAAUUUCAACUACGGGUAUUCACCUGGCUUGCAAAACAAACCAAGACCAAACUUUUCAAAAAUAUACAGUUUCCUUUUCUUGCAACAGACACGAUGGGCAAGUUUCAUAAAAGUAUUCUUGUUGUUGGAAUAAGCGGAGUGUCAAAUGGGGGAAAAACUACUUUAGCAAACCACCUAAAAGAAUAUUUUGGUUGGAAACAAGUUCAUGUCAAAGUGUUGCAUCAAGACGACUAUUAUAAAGAAGAAGUUGAUAUUCCUGUCAAUAAAGCUACAGGAAUAUUAAACUGGGAUGUUUUAGAAGCAUUUGAUUGCAAGUCUUUUGUUGAAAAUUUUGAUUCAGCUCUAAGCGAUCUUAAGGCACUUGCCGAAGAUAGCAACGAUAUAGAAAACGGAGUCAGCGGAUUUCAACCGAAAACCUCAGUUCUCAUAAUUGAAGGGAUCUUGCUUUAUAAUCAAGAUGUUGUUAACAAAUGGAUGGACAAAAAGUAUUUCCUUACCUUACCAUACGAAGAAGCCAAAAGAAGACGAAAGUUGCGAGUGUAUGAACCACCAGAUGUACCUGGCAUGUUUGAUCUUUCUGUGUGGCCAAUGUACCUCAAGCAUGUGGAUGAAAUACGUGAAGUUCAUAAAAUAAGCGGUUUACAAAGCAAAGACGCUGUGUUUGCAUUUGUUAAACAAGACUUGAAGCAUGCCAUUACCAAGACCUAACUUUGGUAUAUUGUUUUUAACAUUGCUUUUAAUUCUAUUUUAUCACUAUGCUGUAAAUUUAAAAAAAAACAAAACAAUAAAUAUACAAAUCAUGUUUAUAAAUUCCACCUUUUUGAAUGAGCUAUGACCAGUGUUAUUUGUUUCAAAAAAAUAUUGCGUUAAAAUGAAAGGAAUUAGUACAUUUGGUAUGAACAGUUACUAUUACAUUACUUGAUUAAACUGAACAGCACUUAUUUCAUACAAUAAAUGUAAAAGUUAAGCA